GUACUCAGUAGGACACCGUCAAGUGCGUACAUUUCUAAUGUGACUUUUUUGACAUAAGUAUUUAGGGUACAAAAUCGAGUGAGUUUCUGUAGUGAGUGAGUUCUGAGUGUAGGUAAUUAAAAAAAGGAAAAAAUGUUAAACACACAGUUGUUUUCUAAAGUGUUCCUUACGAGAAGUUCAUUAGAUUCAGUUUCGUUGAGUAAGGAGGGCGAAUCUGCAUCAGAAUGGACACCACUGUUGAAGAAAUCUACCAAUGUCCCGCUUUCUACGAGAGUAUUUAUAAUACCUCAAAGAUGGGUGAUGGCGAUCAUGGGAUUCUUAGCGGUCGCCAACGCAUACACGAUGCGCGUUUGCUUAAACAUAGCUAUCACGCAGAUGGUCCAUCGGCGCUCCCAUUCUGCAGCCAACGACGGCUCUUGUCCCGCUGGUGACGUCGGAGAGGUGAACGUGGAAGGAACUGACCCUACUGAAUUGACGGGAUUCGACUGGGACGAAGCGACGCAAGGUAUGAUCCUAAGUGCCUUCUACUACGGGUACAUAGUAACCCACUUACCUGGAGGAAUGCUGGCUGAACGGUUCGGAGGCAAAUACUCUCUUGGUUUCGGAGUACUGAGUACUGCAGUCUUCACUCUGCUGACGCCGUGGACUGUAAACCUUGGUGGAGCGACUGGUCUCAUCAUAUUGAGGGUGCUUGAAGGUCUUGGAGAGGGCUUCACAUUCCCCGCACUAAAUGCAAUGCUUGCCCGAUGGGCACCAAUAUCUGAGAGAGGGCGAAUGGGAUCCCUAGUCUUCGGAGGUGCACAGAUUGGCAACAUCGCCGGCACCUACCUGUCAGGACUGGUGAUCAAGGAAACUGGUGAAUGGCAGUCUGUCUUCUACCUCUUUGGUGCCAUCGGUAUACUGUGGUUCAUUCUUUGGGCUAUCCUCUGCUACAAUGACCCUGAGUCUCAUCCAUUCAUCUCGGACAAGGAGAAGAAAUAUCUAGAAGAGGCCCUUGGCAGUCACCGCAGCAGCCUCCCAUCAGCCAUCCCCUGGAAAGCCAUCUUCAUGUCGGUUCCACUAUGGGCCCUGGUUUGCGCUCAGAUCGGUCACGACUACGGGUACUUCACGAUGGUGACCGACCUUCCUAAGUACAUGACAGGAGUCCUCAAGUUCGACAUCCAUAGGACAGGCACGCUUGCAGCCCUGCCUUACGCGGUCAUGUGGCUGAGUUCUAUCGCGUUCGGCUGGAUUUGCGACAAGAUUGUCAAGAGAAACUGGCUGACUGUCACCAACGCUAGGAAGACUUUCACCACCAUCGCAUCUGUCGGACCCGGUAUCUGCAUGAUCCUCGCGUCAUACUCCGGCUGCAAUACUGAAGCUGUGGUCAUUCUGUUCACCGCGUCCAUGGGUCUGAUGGGAGCAUUCUACCCAGGCAUGAAAGUGAACGCACUUGACCUAAGUGGCAAAUACGCUGGCACUAUAAUGGCUAUCGUGAAUGGCAUAGGAGCUAUUACUGGCAUCAUCGCACCAUACCUAGUCGGCUUACUGACUCCUGAUAGUACGCUGGUACAAUGGAGGCUGGUGUUCUGGAUAGCUCUAGCCGUGUUCAUUCUCACGAACUUGGUGUUCGUUGCGUGGGCGUCAGGAGACGAGCAAUGGUGGAACACCACCACGCAGGACCCUAGGAAGCAACGCGAGGCGGAGGCAGGAACCAACCACUCCGUCAAUGCCGAGGUCAAGUUGUAAAGCACUCAACAAAAAUAUUUGGUUCAAAUCGCGAAAAAUGAGGAAAAUAUUCGACUAAAGCUAAAGGCUCUAGCCGUUUUCCUGUUAACGCUCCGGAAGAAAAUGUAAAUAUAAUAAUUUAAUUAGACGCAGUGCCCAAGGAAAUACUUUAUCGUACUUUUAGACAAUAAAAAACGUACUUACAUGACGUUGUGCGGUAGUGAAGACAAUUUAUAUUAUAAUGAUGACAAGAUUACUAAACUAGAUGAGUGUAAAAAUGUAUAGUACAAACUGUAAGCGUUUUAUGAAAUUGUUUAAAUCAUAAUAAUAGGCGGUUCACUGAAUCUACAGCCAGUGUUUGUGAUAGUAAUAAUAAAUACUUCCAUUGUAGCUAAUUAGUAUUGUGGCUGAAAAUGAAAUGUAGUAAAGUGAAUGAGUUUAGUUCAACGUUAAAAUUCAAUAUUUAUUAACAAGUAUUAUGUAACGUUGUUGAUGACUGUAAUUCUAUGUUUAGAUACCUUGUAAGUAGUCAUAUACAAAGUAUUAGUUACGUUUCGUAUGUAGAGUGGAUGCCACUUGUAAAUAUUUGUGGAGGAGAUAUUUAUUUGACAAUUAAUGCACUGAAUGAUAAAUUGUUUUUGUUCACUUUGUUUUUAUGUGGAAAUGGAAAUUUUGCAAGAAAGGCUGUGAACAAAUACUGGGUUUCGCAAAUAAAGUACUAUAUGAGAUGCAGAACUUUUUGUGCUGAAGUGCAUUUUCUGUUUGUGUAUUUGAUCGAGUUGUGAAAGCUCUUAUUGCAAUGAAAUGUGCUGAGAUACAGAAUGUUUUUACUGUUGUAAAUUGUGAGUAAAAAGAACAUGAAUUCGUAACCAUGACGAAGUAUUUUAAAUUCUAAAACAUACCUAAAGUAUAUUUGGAUAAAGAUAAAUUAUAUUAACUCGACUGUGGCAGUAUAGUCGACAACUUUGCAUUGGAGACUGGGUUGCCAUCAAGAAAAAAAAAUGAUACUUAGUAAAUUCUCAUUUAAUGUUAAAAUAAGGUACACGAGAGUACCUUAUCCGAUGAACGAGGAUAUUAUGAUUUGUUGAACACGUGGUUCGUUAUUCAACGUCAAUCAAUGUUUUUUUUUUUUCAGUAACGCUCACUAUUAUAAAAAUGUGGCUUAGAUUCUUGCAAAACAUUGUUAUAAAACAACAUAGCUAUUCUUCAUCCACUAAAAUACUACCAUGUUCUUUGAACUUACAAUACAAUAUAAAGAUACUUUUGUUUAUCUUUAUUUCGGUAUACUCUAUGCAUUUGAUUUCAGGGUGCAUUUUGUGCCAUUUAAGAGAUCUGUGUGCCGGCUUUAUAUUAGUUUUAAUUUAGUAUUUAAGUCCUACUGAGACUAAGAAUGGAGAUUCCAUUACUUGUUUUAACUGAGAUAGUAACUUGUAAGUUAUUUUGUACAAUAUUCUUGUAUUUUGUUAAAAUAAAAAAUCAUUUACAAAACAUGAA